AAAGUUACCUUAUUUUGCAACGUCAGAAGCGGAAGUGACGUCAUGAGUUUCGGCUCUAGAAGAAGGCGCAGAAAUGAAUUUAUGAAGUAGAAGUAUCGGAUCAGAAGAUGGAAUUCCAGGUGGAAGCCACUGUCUGUCUGGACAGAGUUCCUGAUGAAGAGGAGGUGCUGAGACUUCUCAGGAGCUACGGCUUUCACAUGUGGUAUCUGAACAGGGACGAGGUCCGCUUUCGAGGAUCUCUUCAGAACUUCAAAGCUGUGAAGGCGCGUGUGGAGGAGGCCGAUGAGGCUAGAGCGAGGCCAUCCUCACACGUUCCCGCAGUUGUCUCUGGAGCAGUUUCCAGCUACUACAAGUCUUCACCGUACCCUUCUGUAUCAGGUCCAGCCUCUCCGGGCUACGGGAUCUCCCCGCCUCCGGACCUCCGGGCGUCUGGAGGAGAGACGAUUGUCGUUGAUGCAGAUGUCUUCAGAUACGCCGACCAGUUGAGGAGGAAAGACCUCGAGAACAUCCUGAUCUGCCACAAUGUUAAAAUGAAGAAGGAGGAAGGUGGAGACAGCAUCAGCAUCACACUAUGGGGGAGGAGCCGCAGGACCGCGGCCCACAAGCUCCAGAAUCUCCUGGAGGACCUAAACAAAUCUCUUAGGACUCAGGAAGUCCCUCUGAAGAACCUGAACCGUCAUGGACAAGCUCUGUUGCAGACCAUCAGAGACAGCAGAAACAUCUCCGGGUCGGUUCUGGUUGUUGAGACUGAUGACCGACUCCACCUCAUCGGCCCGUCCAAAGACAGCUACGAGCUGAAGCAAGGCCUGCUGGGAGAGCCAGUCGACCAAUCAGGGAGCAGAAGAAGGACCAGUGAUAAAACACCCAGAGGGAGGAGGAGCAGCUCUCUGCCACCAACCAAUAAAAGGUCAGGAGGAGUCGCUGGUUUCCCGUUGAUGGAUAAAAACCAGACAGGAGGUUCCGUUCGGAGCCGAGAUCCAAAACGAAGCUUCUCCAAUAUCGAAGAAAAGAAACUGACUGAACGAUCUAACGAGAAAAAGAAUCUUGUAUUAAGGUUCAAACAGCUGUUUAAAAAAUCACCGCGGGAAGCGAAGCAGUAGGUUCCUGAUCUUUGGCUCACUUGUAAGGGAACAGGUUUAGAAUCAACUUGUUCAUAAAACAUUUUUAUUUCUAAGAUCAUUUUUCUCACAUUCUGCUUUAUUUUUUGAGCUUUUUUAAUGGAAUUUCGGCUUUCCAAAGGAUAAUCCCACCUGAGUCACUUUAAACAGAGGCGGCAGAAUGAAGGCAAAACACUGGGGCAAUCAAAUGUUUGUCAAAUAACAAACUGCUUGCACUAACUUCCUGCUUGGACCUCAAGGCUCCCGCAGCAGCAGCUCUUCUCUGCUCUUGUAGCAGUGCUGUGUGUCCAUGUCUGCUGUUUAAAUAGAAGUUUACAUUUUUCCUGUUUAGAUGUGUUUUAAAUCUUCGUUUACCAUCGUGAAAAUCUCACAUCAAACCACUUCUGGCCUUAAAGCGUUCAGAUGGACCAUCAGGAUUAGAACCUUCAUCACAAGCCUGCCAUCAGGGCUGUCCCAAGCCUUUGUGGGACCCUACGCAGGCUUCCCUUUGGGGCCCCCCCAUACCAACAAGUCAACACCAAGAGAGAUCGUUCCUAGGCUGUACCAUAUGUGUAACCUGCCCACUAUCAUUAGCGUCUUUUGUAAUUAAUUUCCAUCACACGGGUGUUAUUGAUUUUAACUUACUGGAGCAGCAAACUGACAAAAAGGCUCUAAAUAAUUUGCAUUUCAAAAUGUUAUUUAAGUGUUAUCUAUUAAUUCAACUAUUUGAAAGAAACGUCAUCAGACAAACGCCAAAUUUACAGCAAAAAAUGUAAGUGUGUUCUUAAAAUAUGAAAAGUGUAAAAUGUGUUGCACUACAAAAUAAACUAAAUGGCACUACAGAAAAAAUAUUGAUAAUUAGUUUCUUCAUGUGAAAUAAUACUUAGUUUGUAUUAUUUAAAGUUAUUAAAACAAAUUUUCCUCAAGCCAACUUGGUGCUCUUGUGGGCCCCCUGGUGGCGUGGGAGCGCGCGGGGUUCGGGGGCCACAAAGAGGGGGCCUGCGGGCCGCUUGUUGGACCACUGUUCUAAUCUCUCUACUGAAGAGCUCAUUUACGCCCCCUGCUGGUGUAAAUAUGCUACUGCAGUCUCCUUAAAACGUGAACUUUGUUAUCACUGAGUUAAAUAAUUAUGAUUUAAAUAUUUAAUAAAUUACCCUAACUACCAA